GGGGGAUCCAGCGCACAAGAUGCGCAGCAAUGACUUUCCUCAAUCUUAACAUGACGUGGAUUCUCUGUCGUGUCAGGAAGUGUGUGUAGCACAAUUUAGGUCAGUGUAUAAAGGGUUUUAUUUAUUCUUUAACCAUUGUUUUGGAACGAAUCCCAUCUAUCUCCUUUAAGCUAUUGUAGUACAUACAUACACUUUUGAAAAGUGGGUGUACAACUCGUGUUAUUGCGAUUUCAACUGGCUAGCUAGCUCAUAGCUAAUUCCCGAAAAAGCUGCUCUAUGGUUCGUUUUCCAACUAGGGUGGAAGUCCUGAAAAGGGCAAUUAUGAUCGUAUUUUGAAUCGCAGCAAAGAGGAAACUGUCGCGAAGCGUCAUUGCUAAAUGAGUCACAAGUUAAAUUCACUUCUUAGAUAGCAGUAAUGCCUUAAGGGUACUCGGGACGUAAAGCCACCUGGCUCAAAAUGGACGAGAAAUACAGCAACAAUGUCCUUUCUGGAGGGCAACUCGGGAUGGUUGAGGUGCCGAACUCAAGGUUAACCAGGUACAUUGUGUUACUGGUUAUCUCAAAGAUCUUGAAGGCCUUGGGGAUAUUUGAGUCAUACGACAUCCUAAAGGUGGUUCAUAUAGUUCAGUUCAUCUUCAUAUUAAAGUUAGGGUCUGCUGUUAUUUUACUUGUCUUUCAAAAACCUUUUUCUUCUGGAAAAGUCAUCUCAAAAAGACAGUGGAUAAAGUUACUCAAGCACAGUGUUUUCAGCUGUAUCAUAUCCCUCCUGGGUUUUUUUGGUCUCACUCUCUGUGGACCCCUGAGGACCUUACUGCUUUUUGAGCACAGUGAUGUGGUGGUGAUUUCUUUUCUUGGUGUCCUCUUCACCAGCUCAGGUGGUGGACCAUCAAAGACCAGAGGUGCUGCUCUUUUCAUCAUUGCAGUGAUCUGCCUCCUUCUCUUCGACAAUGACGAUCUCAUGGCAAAAAUGGCUGAGCAUCCUGAGGGACAUCACGACAGUGCACUAACUCACUUCCUCUACACUGCCAUCGCGUUUUUAGGGGUUGCCGAUCACAAAGGUGGUGUUGUACUGCUUGGUGUCUCUCUGUGCCUGAAGGUGGGCUUCCACACAGCCUCCAGGAAACUCUCAGUGGAACUUGGUGGUGCCAAGCGCCUGUAUGCCUUGGACAACCUGGUGUCCGCUGUGGUACUCGUGCCCUGGGUCAUAGUGCUGUCAGCCACCACAGAAAGUAAGGUGGACUCAUGGUCUGCUCUCAUCUUGCCUUUUGCCAUGGUCAUCUUCUCUGUGGUGAUCCUUGAGUUUUAUGUGGAGGCCAUCUGCAAUGCAAAGUUGGAGGUGCAGCGGUGCGCCCGAUACGGCGCCAUUGCGCUUUUCUCCAGCGCUUUGCUCCUCGCCAACUUCUGGACUCACCCGCUGACCGACCAGUUGCGCUCAAUGAGCAAAUCACCACAGCAGAGCAGCACAGAGCACGUACUGUCCGGAGGGGUUCUUGUCAGUGCUGUCUUUUUCAUGAUGUCAUCCAGUAUCCUCUCAUCCCCAUCAAAGAAAGGUCAAAAGGGCACCCUGGUCGGUUACUCACCUGAAGGGACUCCUUUGUACAACUUCAUGGGUGACGCCUUGCAUCACACGUCUCAGUCACUGCCGCGAUUCAUCAAAGACUCCCUGAAACAGAUCUUGGAGGAGUAUGACUCGAGACAGAUCUUCUACUUCCUGUGUCUCAACCUGGCGUUCACCUUUGUUGAGCUCUUUUACGGUGUUUGGACUAACAGCCUUGGACUGAUCUCGGAUGGUUUCCACAUGUUGUUUGACUGCUCAGCAUUGGUACUCGGCCUGUUUGCGGCCUUGAUGACCCGCUGGAAAGCUACCAGGAUCUUCUCCUAUGGGUAUGGUCGUGUUGAAAUCCUUUCUGGGUUCAUCAAUGGAUUGUUCCUGAUGGUCAUUGCUUUUUUUGUCUUCAUGGAGUCUGUUACCCGUUUAAUGGAUCCACCCAACAUAAACACAGAUAUGCUGACUCCGGUGUCUGUUGGCGGUUUAUUGGUCAAUCUGGUUGGAAUCUGCGCUUUUAGCCACGCUCAUUCCCACGGAGGUAAAAGUUGCUCAGGACAUGAUCACAGCCAUUCACACCAUGGCCACUCCCACGGUGACCACAGCCAUGGAAGUCAUGGCCACUCUCACGGAGGACACGGACAUGGCGGACAUGGGCAUUCUCACAGCUCAGGUGGCGGAGGGAUGAAUGCCAACAUGAGAGGUGUUUUUCUUCACGUCCUGGCUGAUACGUUGGGCAGCAUCGGAGUGAUCAUUUCCACCAUUCUCAUCCGCCAGUUUGGCUGGUUGAUAGCCGACCCUAUUUGUUCCCUCUUCAUCGCUACACUCAUCUUCCUUAGUGUCAUCCCUCUACUCAAGGAUGCUUGCGAAGUUCUUUUGCUGAGAAUUCCGCCAGAGCAUGAGAAGGAACUGAACAAUGCUCUCCAGAAGAUUGAAAAGAUUGAAGGAGUUUUGUCAUGCAGAGACCCUCAUUUCUGGAGACACUCAGCCAACGUGAUCGCAGGGACCAUCCACCUUCAGAUCAUGUCAGAUGUGGUGGAGCAGCGCAUAAUACAGCAGGUGACGACCAUUUUGAAAGAUGCUGGAGUGAAUAAUCUGUCAGUGCAGGUGGAGAAGGAUGCGUACUUCCAGCACAUGUCUGGGCUCAGCACCGGAUUUCAGGAUGUUUUAGCCAUGACACAACAGAUGGAGUACAUGAAACAUCUAAAUGAUGGGACAUGUAUCAUGUAAUGUCCUUCUGUGGGACCAACUGAAAUUGUAUUAAUUUCAAUGGAAAUGUACAGUGUGUGUUUGUGAUUUGAAUAAAUCAGACUAGUCGUUUUUA